AUGCCAGGUUUGGCCAAGGCCCCUUUUAGCAGAAGCGAUUUGGAAUACCUCCGCCGAUAUUUUACUGUGACUCCGACCUACACCAUCUUCGGUCUGACGACCGAGGAAAAGGCCCGGGUAAGCCGACUGGACGAUUACUUUGCGGCGAGGGAUGCGUUGGCUAAGGCUAGGCAAGCCCUCGAGGAGGAAGUCGAGACAUCGGACCCCCCUAAGACCAAAGCGACCACAUACGACACCCCUGGGACUGCAAGGCCUAUGGCCAAGGGCCCCGGCAACCUUUUCUUUGGUCACGAUGCCUGGAAUAACUCCGCAUUGGGAAUCUCCGAUGAGGACUGCGAGGGGAUCCUCGGGAUGAUUGAGGAAAAAACCCUCACCAGUGGCAGCCACGAGGUCAACAAAGAGGCUGGUAGGGGAAACCAGCGAGAGCCAAAAGAGGUCAGCAUGAACAUGGUUUUGGUACUACCGUCCGAGUUUUCAGCCCCAAGAGGCCAGACCAACUGCCUGGAUAAUGACGUGGUCGAGGAACAGCUUGAUCAAAGGCCAAAGACAAAGGAAGAAUUGUUGGCCGUGGCUUUUAACGAGGACCGUCACUCCGGCCAUGGGUGCAACCAAGGUGCUAGGCCAAACGAACAUGGCCAAGUUGGAAUCAUCACACCAGGCCCUUCCAUCUUCAUCGAUUGCAUUGCAGUUUCUCCAUGGCCUCAUAAGAAGAAAGGUCAUCCUCCCCCAAGGCAGGGAAGGAAUCUCAGCCACACCAUGGCCUUGGCCCACGUCGACUUUCCAAGACGAAGGAUAUUUGGUGGACAGCAGGAGGGAAAAAACCAUCUAGAUCAGGCCACGAUGCGGGGAUCUGCGGAUAUGGCUCAACCCUGGUUCUGGAGAAGCUACAAGGGGGAGGCCAUUGGAGCAGGUUAG